UUGAUUAGGUUGACGCUUCUAGUAUACCGCCAGCAGAAGCUGGUAGAGCUAUAUUUCCGUGAAGCUCCCUCGAGGCAGCGUUUGCUUGUAAUUCCCUGCUUCUUUGACGCUUCCACCCAAGCGCACACAAGUCCGGAACCUGACAGACGCGUGGAACUUAUUGUUUACUGGUGGUUCAUACGGAGUGCUCCAGGAAAUGUCUCCCGGAAAUAUGAAGGCUCGUAUCCAUGAUCGCGUCAUCUACUCGCCAUACCCCAACGUGGACAUUCCCGAGUGCUCUUUCUACGCUCUGGCCAAAGAGAAACUGCUGGUCAAUCCUGACAAACUAUUGCUGGUUAGCGAUGUCGUCAGCCUCACCCGAAGCGAAACGUUGGCUCACAUGGAGCGUUAUGCUGUUGGUUUCCGGAAUAAUGGCGUAGUUCCUGGAGACCGGGUCUGCAUACACCUGGACAAUGGAGUGGAAAACCUGAUAGCCAUCUAUGGGUGCAUCCUCGCUGGUGCAACCGUUGUCUUAGCCAAGCCUUCGCUUACGGAAAAUGAGCUACGUUACCAGGCAGAAGACAGCGACAGUACACAGAUCCUUACCGAUCAAAAGUACACGGAGAAAGUCGUCAAAGUAGCGGAGGCACUCAAGAUCAAGGGUCUUUUCUGCAUGGGACCUGCACCAGGCUUUGUCUCAGUCAGCGAGUUCCUACAUCUGGAUGAGCGAGAUUUCGUUGAGCUGCCCGUCAAGAACCCUCGCGACACAGUCCUCGCAGUGUGCUACACUUCCGGAAGCACCGGCUUGCCGAAGGGAGCCGAGAUGACGCAUUACAACUACGUGGCCGCCUUCUACACAACAACGUCUCACAUGAUGUGGAAAACGUCAGAUGUCCUUCUUGCCUCCCCUCCCAUUACGCACCAGUCGGGUAUGAUGUUCACAAUGUUGGCUGCUCUAGCCGGCAUCACCUGUGUCAUGGUGCCGACCAUGAUGACGCCUGCACAGACUGUGGAUAGCAUCGAGAAAUACAAGGUGACGACGACAAUGUUGUUCCCCUCUCAGCUGCAAGCUGUGGUACGCGAGCUGUGCCGCACAGGACGCAAGUUACCCAGCUUGCGGUCUAUCGGCACCGGUGGCAGCGUGCUUCCACCAUCCGUAGCAGAAGCAGCCCGCAAAGCCUUCGGUAGUAUCGAGCAACUGGCGAAGGGUUAUGGCAUGACAGAGUCCUGUGGCAGUGUCACGACUCAACCGAAUGCUGGCGAGCACGGGGAUUGUGCAGAUGUGGGAAUGCCCUCGACAGGAGUCACAGUUAAGGUGGUGGACGUGUGCACACGCGAAAAGCUUGGCCCCCAUCAGGUAGGGGAGAUCUGCUUCCGGUCGUUGUCGAUGGUGAGGGGAUACUACAAACGACCCAAAGAAUCCGCCGAGCUCUUUGACGAAGAAGGAUGGUGCAAAUCAGGCGACGCUGGAUACUAUGACGAGGAUGGUCGUUUGUACUUCUGCGAACGCCUCAAGCAAAUGAUCAAGUGCAUGGACAACCAAGUUGUUCCUGCUGAACUGGAAGAUCUGCUGCUACGCGAGCACGGCAAAGAGAUCGCUGAGGUGUCUGUUGUAGGCCUGCCACACUCGGAGUACGGAGAAACUCCUGCUGCUGCUAUCGUGCUCACUGAAGAAGGGAAAAAGCAAGACUUCUCCACUCUCGCUAACCGCAUAAGGACAACUGUUGCAACCAACCUCGCCGUGCACAAACACCUAUAUGGUGGCGUUUACUUCGUGGACUCUCUACCGAAGACUGAGACGGCGAAAGUGAACAGACCAGCACUGGCUCGCACUCUCAUACGAGUCUGAAUCCUGCGUGAUUAUUUUGCAAAUAAAAUAUUCGGUAUUACAA